AAGUGACCAUCGUCCAAAAUUGGUCAUGAGAUGAUGAGAUGAUGAUUUUAAUUUGUUAUCUUCAACCUGAAGUUUGCACGUCACGUUGUCACUUUGUUUCGGACUAAAACCACUAAGAUGUUCCUGAUCCUCGUGUGCGUAGUAGGAAUGGCGGCCGGGCAGCAGCUACCGCACGGUGCAGAGCUCAAGCAGUUGGUGGACGCGGGGUUCAGUCGGCUGGAUCACGGCCCUCAGGAUGGCACCGUCACCGAGAACGAGUGGGACGUCCUCAUCACGUACGAUGACUUAAACAACGAUUCAUGCGUGUCGCUGACGGAAUACGAGCACGCGCACCUGACCAUGCCGACGACGAUGGCGACAACGAUGUUCCACCACUUCGAUCACGAUGCUGACGGCUGUCUGAAGGUUUCCGACAUGAGCGCUGAAUUUCACCUGGUUGAUCAUAACGGUGACAACCACGUGAGCCUGCACGAGUGGGACCAGUACUUCACGCACCUGAUCACCAAGCUGUUCGGUCAUGGCGCAGGUCAUGGUAACUCGGGUCCCGUGGGACGCUAAGGUGGCUGGUCACGUUUUCUCGUCUGAGUCAGAUGCUGUCUAAUGCGUAUGUGAAAAUAAAUUGUGAAAGAAAA